AUGACACUUGCAAUUUUACGGUCUCACCAAUUGUUUGUAAAGAUGGAAAAGUGCAGUUUUGGGGAACAAGAGGUGAAGUAUCUUGGUCAUGUAAUCAAUCAUGAAGGAGUGGCAGUAGAUCCUGAAAAAAUUUCAAUUAUGAUUGAAUGGCCAAAACCAUCAACGUUGAAGACUCUACGUGGGUUUUGGGGGCUAACGAGAUAUUACCGAAAAUUCAUUCAGAAUUACGAUAAAAUCGCACCCUCUUUAACCAACAUGCUGAAAAGAGGAUGCUUCAAAUGGAAUACAUGCUCAGAAGCUGCUUUUGAAGAAUUAAAUAAAGCUAUGACACGAGCUCCAGUUCUUGCCUUGCCUGAUUUCUCAAAAACUUUCAUUAUUGAAUGUGAUGCAGUAGGAUCAGGAGUAGGAGGAGUAUUGAUGCAAGAAAAGAGGCUCAUUGCCUUUUUCAGCCAUUCUUUAAAGGGUAAGAAUUGA